AUGUCCAUAAAUCACAUUAAAAGAAGAUAUCAAAAGGACUUGACUAAGUUACCUAAGAUCUUCCGUAAUAGGGUAGUGAAACAGAACAACAUGUUCACCUUACCAACUUUCGAAAAUAAGUUACCUAUUUUACCAAAGGAAGAAUACAAGACCAUGACUCAAACUGGAUAUACUGAAGGAGAUUUAGUCUACAUCACUAAAGGUGAACACAAAGGUACUAUAUCGACCAUUUUCAGAUACUCCAAAGAAUAUGAUGGUUUGUUCUUAUCAGAUAUCAUUGAAAAGAAGAUCAUACCAAAAGAUCAAUGGUUUGACCAACAAGACAGUUUCUUAGUUGAUUAUCCAAAAUUAAUCCCAGCUGAUUCUGUCAAAUUAGCUGCCAAAGAUAAAAACGACAAAGGUGAAGAUUAUUACAUAGUUGCUGAAGAAGUGGUGUUCAAAGGGAAAUAUUAUGACGACAGAUACAAAAAAUGGUUACCAAGAAGAUUUGUUAAACAUCAUGAACAUAUUGAGGUACCAUGGCCAAAUCCUCCAACUGAACCAAAAGCAGGUGAAUUAUCUACUGAAGGAGAAACUGUUUUCGAAAAGACUUGGGAAUUCCAAAGUCUUUCAGUCCCACCAUUUCCUUCAACUAUCGUAAACGAAUUAAGAAAUCCUUAUUCUAAACAUAAAGCUAGAGUAUUGACUGAAUUACAAGCCAGAAGAUUGAACAAACCAACCAUGCCAUUAAGUAAAGAACAACAAAUCUACUUGGCCAAGAAACAACAAAGUGAAACCGAACAACCAACUGAAUUAACUGAAGAAGUUCAAGAUUUCAUCGGUGAAAGAAUUGCCAACCACUUGAAUAGUAUAACCAACCCUCACUUGAAAGCUCACCUAGAUGCUUUAUCUAAGAACACCAUUAACCAUUAA